AUGGGCGACAUAUCCAUGAACGGCUCUACGGAGCCUCUGUCAUCCCUACCACCCCCUCCUCCACCAGAAGAUGGUGCUCCUCCACCCCCGCCAGAGUUCAGCGCUCCCCCGCCGCCACCAGAUGUAUCCGCACCUCCUCCCCCGCCCGAAGACCUCCCGCCGCCCCCUCCUAUGCCAGAGCCGAAAAAGAAGAAGGUCGGAUGGGGCGCAAAGAAGCCGGCAGCGACGCCGUUGAGUGUGGAAGAGCUUGUGCGGAAGAAACGCGAGGCCGACGCUGCGGCAGCAAAGCCGAAAUUCAUGUCGAAGGCGGAGCGUGAACGACUUGCUAUGGAGAAACGCGCCAAGGAAGUGGACGCUCAACGCCGGGUGAAGACGAAUGGAGUUGAAAGGUCGAAUGGUACACCGAGUAGUGGAUUUGAUACCCCGAUGACUGGGACGGAUACCCCGAACGGCGAUUCCCGAUCGAUUCCGACCGGUCCUCGCGCGAUGCGGCACGGCGAUGCUCCGAAGGGCCCUGCGGCGAUGCACUCGAAGCAUGAUAUCCCUUCGGGAAGGUCGUCGGAGAAGAGCGAAAAGCGGCUCAUAGAAGAUGAGGAUGAAGCGGCUGCACAGGCGGCACUCGUGAAACAGAGAUACAUGGGUUCGGAACAGACAUCAAACUUCUCCGCCAAGAAGAAGCGGAAGCGAACGACGGACCGGAAAUUUAAUUUCGAGUGGAAUGCGGAGGAAGAUACCAGCGGCGACUAUAACCCGUUGUACCAGACGCGACAUCAGGCCAACUUCUUUGGACGCGGGCGCCUGGCUGGCUUUGGUGACGAUGUUGCGGACGCGGUAGCGCAGAAAUACGCACAGGCUCUGGAGGAUCGAGACCGAGAGGCCGGUAGUAUCCGCGCACGGGAGAUUCUCGAGAUGGAGCGGAGACGGCGGGAGGAGAGCACGCGAAACCAGCUGGACAAGCACUGGAGCGAGAAGAAGCUGGAGCAUAUGCGCGAGAGAGACUGGCGCAUCUUUAAGGAAGACUUCAACAUUGCUACCAAGGGCGGAAGUGUACCAAACCCUAUGCGGUCCUGGGAAGAGUCUGGAUUGCCAAAGCGGUUACUCAGUCUUGUCGACCAAGUUGGAUACAAAGAGCCUACUCCGAUUCAACGAGCGGCCAUUCCAAUUGCUCUUCAAUCCCGAGAUCUUAUCGGUGUUGCCGUCACCGGUUCCGGUAAGACCGCGGCGUUUUUGCUACCUCUGCUCGUCUAUAUUGCGGAGUUGCCGCGGAUUGACGAAUUUGAGUGGCGUAAGAAUGAUGGGCCGUACGCGAUUGUCCUUGCACCUACGCGUGAAUUGGCACAGCAGAUUGAGAUCGAGGCCAAGAAGUUUACAGUGCCCCUUGGUUUCAACGUCGUCAGUAUUGUCGGUGGUCACUCGCUUGAAGAGCAGGCAUACAGUCUACGCGACGGUGCGGAAAUUAUUAUCGCCACUCCAGGUCGUCUUGUUGACUGUAUCGAGCGUCGCAUGUUGGUUCUCAGCCAGUGCUGCUAUGUGAUUAUGGAUGAAGCUGAUCGGAUGAUCGACCUUGGUUUUGAAGAGCCUGUCAACAAGAUCCUUGACGCCCUCCCGGUCACGAAUGAAAAGCCCGACACCGAAGAAGCCGAGGACUCGUCUGCGAUGAGCCGGCAUAUUGGCGCCAAAGACCGCUACCGCCAGACUAUGAUGUAUACCGCUACCAUGCCUACAGCCGUAGAGCGCAUUGCGAGAAAGUAUCUCCGCCGCCCCGCAAUUGUCAAUAUCGGUAGCGUCGGCGAGGCCGUGGAUACCGUUGAGCAACGAGUCGAGAUGGUCGCUGGCGAAGACAAGCGCAAGAAGCGCCUCGGCGAGAUCCUCUCAUCCGGCGACUUCCGCCCACCCAUCAUCGUCUUCGUCAACAUCAAGCGAAACUGUGACGCCAUCGCGCGGGAGAUCAAACAGUGGGGCUUCUCGUCAGUCACACUACACGGAAGCAAGACCCAGGAACAGCGUGAGGCCGCCCUGGCUUCCGUGCGUAACGGAUCAACCGACGUCUUGGUCGCUACCGAUUUAGCCGGACGUGGUAUCGAUGUGCCGGAUGUCAGUCUGGUCGUCAACUUCAACAUGGCGACCUCGAUUGAAAGCUACACCCACCGUAUCGGUCGUACCGGUCGUGCCGGUAAGAGCGGUGUGGCGAUUACGUUCUUGGGCAAUGAGGAUGCUGAUGUCAUGUAUGACCUCAAGCAGAUGCUCAUCAAAUCGCCCAUCUCCAGGGUGCCGGAGGAGCUGCGCAAGCACGAGGCGGCGCAGUCUAAACCCACGCGAGGCAUGGGUAAAAAGAUCGAAGAGUCGUCUGGGUUCGGCGGUAAAGGCGGAUGGUAG